UGCGGGCAGCUCGAGUGGCCGCCGCCGCUAGAAAGACGCUUUCCUUUUUAAUUUUUUUUCCAAGCGUUCACUUCCGGGUCCGGCGCCGAUCCGGAUGCCCGAGGCAGAAGGAUGUUUGACCUCCGGAUAAGCGAGGCGCCGCUGUGCAUUCAUUCCCAGCUGCAUUGGUGGCGACAGCCGCGGCCCGGGCGGCGACUCUCCGGCCAGAGGCGGCGGUAGGACGCACCGGCAGUAGUGCGGCGACCGAGUCCGAGCUGCGUUAUCUCCCUCGCUUGUUCCUUCCCCCCUACCUCGCUCGCUCCCUCCCUGCGUGCCUCGCUUUCCUCCUCCGGCCGCCGGCGGGUGCGAUGUGCCGCCGCCGCUGCCCCAGCCGCCGCUGACUGACGGACCGGGGGGCGCCGCUUGCGCCCGGGACCGACCCGCCACUUGCGGCCGCGCCUUUGAGGUCACUAUCAAUAUCAGCUCACAUCAUUGAAAAGAUAAUUUUGAAGACAUGUUUUGCUGAAAAGAAAACUGAGAAAAAUUUUACGAAUGGGAUGAACACGCAUCAGUUAAUUGACUACCUACUGCAAUUUGAAUGUUAACAUUACCCACCUGGUACAGUUACCUAGUGAUGUACCUGUUCUCACGAUACCCUAUUUCAGUGUGGUCGUCUUGAUUAAAGAAUUCAAAGUGGAGUACCGCAAACUUGAUAUGGAUAAUAAAAAGAAAGACAAGGACAAAUCAGAUGAUAGAAUGGCACGACCUAGUGGUCGGUCAGGACACAACACUCGAGGAACUGGUUCUUCAUCCUCUGGAGUUUUAAUGGUUGGACCUAACUUUAGAGUCGGAAAAAAAAUUGGAUGUGGGAAUUUUGGAGAAUUACGAUUAGGGAAAAAUUUAUACACAAAUGAAUAUGUGGCAAUUAAACUGGAGCCCAUGAAAUCCAGAGCACCACAACUACAUUUGGAAUACAGAUUCUACAAGCAGUUAGGAUCUGGAGAUGGUAUACCUCAAGUUUACUAUUUUGGCCCUUGUGGGAAAUACAACGCUAUGGUGCUGGAACUGCUGGGACCUAGUUUGGAAGAUUUGUUUGAUUUGUGUGACAGAACAUUUUCUCUUAAAACGGUUCUCAUGAUAGCUAUCCAACUGAUUUCUCGCAUGGAGUAUGUCCAUUCAAAGAACUUGAUAUACAGAGAUGUGAAGCCUGAGAACUUCUUAAUAGGACGACCAGGAAACAAAACCCAGCAAGUUAUUCAUAUUAUAGAUUUUGGUUUGGCAAAGGAAUAUAUUGAUCCAGAGACAAAGAAACACAUACCAUACAGAGAACAUAAGAGCCUUACAGGAACAGCUAGAUAUAUGAGCAUAAACACACAUUUAGGAAAAGAACAAAGUAGAAGAGAUGACUUAGAAGCUUUAGGUCAUAUGUUCAUGUAUUUUCUGAGAGGCAGUCUUCCUUGGCAAGGUUUAAAGGCGGACACAUUAAAAGAGAGGUAUCAGAAAAUUGGAGAUACAAAACGAGCCACACCAAUAGAAGUGUUAUGUGAAAAUUUUCCAGAAGAAAUGGCAACAUAUCUUCGUUAUGUAAGAAGGCUAGAUUUUUUUGAAAAACCAGACUAUGACUACCUAAGAAAACUUUUUACUGACUUGUUUGAUCGAAAAGGGUAUAUGUUUGAUUAUGAAUAUGACUGGAUUGGUAAGCAGUUGCCUACUCCAGUGGGUGCAGUUCAGCAAGAUCCUGCUCUGUCAUCAAACAGAGAAGCACAUCAACACAGAGAUAAGAUACAACAAUCCAAAAAUCAGUCGGCAGACCACAGGGCAGCUUGGGACUCCCAGCAGGCAAAUCCCCAUCAUUUGAGAGCUCACCUUGCAGCAGACAGACAUGGUGGCUCGGUACAGGUUGUAAGUUCUACAAAUGGAGAAUUAAACACAGAUGAUCCUACUGCAGGACGUUCAAAUGCACCUAUCACAGCCCCUACGGAAGUAGAAGUGAUGGAUGAAACCAACUGCCAGAAAGUGUUGAACAUGUGGUGCUGCUGCUUUUUCAAACGAAGGAAAAGGAAAACCAUACAGCGCCACAAAUGACUCUGGACACAGACAGAUCAUGGGGAGUUACUUACAUGUUCAUCUGCUGUCUUGUGAUUAAAAUCAUCUCUGUAGUGACCACAUAUAUUUUCAAGAACUCACUGUUAGAAACAAAAAUGUCAUACUUUCAUACUUCAUUUUGUGGUUGUCUUACAUUCGUAUUUUUUUCUAAUUUAACUUUUAUGGAAGCUUUAAAGUUUUGUCAAAACAUGAGUGCUUUGCCCAUCAUUGAAUGGAAUGGACCAAUGAGGUGGUAUUGAUGAAUUACAGUUCUGUAGAACAUUUUUCAGAAGCUCUCCUCCUGUUGUAGAAAGCAGUACAGUAUCUUAAAUGUCAACCAAUUAUAUACCUAAUCUGAUUUUUAUAACUUCUGUGAGAGAAUAAUCAAAGAGGAAUUUUCUCCCCAGUGGAUAAUGCAACAGAGAAAACAGAGUUGCCCAAAUAUUUAAAAGAAGUUAUCCCUUGAGAAGAUCAUUAUCUGUGUGACAUCUGCAUUGAUUUCACUGUUACUGUCGGUACUGCUAUUCAUGAGUCAUAUUAACAUUCUCUCUGUGAAAUCAUGGUACAGUUACUGCCCAGAGGUACUGAGGAAAAAGCUCUAUAGGUUUGGCAGAUGGUAGUGGUAAAAUGAAUCACAAGUAGUGUGGUAAAUAUGAGCUCUGCUUUUGUUGCACCACUAAGUGAAGUACAGUGUUGUCGAAGUGGCAAAAGCGCUUAUUUUUUAAAAAUGCAAAAUAUUUGUAUAAUGUAACUUUAUGCUUCCAGGUAAUAAUGUAUGUUAGACAGCAAGAAAUGAAUACUUUGAGAAAUGAGAUAUGUUGGAGUUUUUUGAAAAAUACACUAAGGAGAAGGAAUAAAUGUGAAUCUCACCGCAUCAUAUGAGGCUGAAAUCUAAGGAGAUCCCACUGAAACCUGCUGCUGAACGAUUACAUUCACCUUAAGCAGAAAACUUUGGAUGUGCCACACAGUGGUGUCUGUUUAUUAAUUAUUUGCCCUUUGAUUUUAAAAAAAGACCCUCAGCAGUAAAAACGGGGUCACUCUAUUGCCCUCUGCACACAUUAGUCUCUUGUAUUCAACUUUGCUGGUUCUCUGGAAUUUUCCUACUUUUUAGCGUAAUUGUGAUGAUUGAAAACUAUUUUGGAGAGGAUGGGUCAGGUGCUUUGUCCCCAUAGUCUUUUGAAGUGCCUGCAUAUGAACAAAGUAAUGGUUCUGUAAAAAAAGGAAACCCAUUCCACUUUUCAAGUAUGCUUUGUUUUAAGCCAUGAAGACACAGGUAUACUUUUGUCACAUUCUACUAGCCAGAAUUUGCAAGGAGAGUUAAGACAAAAAGACUGGCUAGAAAGAUAAUUAUGUUGUUCAAAUCUCACAUUCACCUUUCCUUCAUGAACUUGUUGCUUACUCCUUCCACUUAGCCCCUUCUUUUUGUCUUUAAGUGUGUGCCUCCGGGCAUGCUUAUUUAUUUUUAUUGUCUCAAGGUAACAUUUAAAAUAUGUAAUUAAAGUAAAUAAAUCUACAUUUUUGACAUUAUUGCAUUUACAGGAAUUUAACUGUACUUUGUAAUUUAUUUUUCUUAUUAGCCAAAAGUUCAGUGCAUUGUUUUUGAUGAAUUAGGCACCCAUAUGAAUACCGCAAAUCAGGACAUUAUCAUUGUUGCUCUGAAUCUAUGAAUGAUCUUUAUAAGUUCUUGAUUUUAAAGACCUACACUCAGCCUAGAAAACACUUGUAUAAUUUGGUCAACAGUUUCCAUUUUAUCUAUUUGUAUACUGUCAUGAUGUCUUAAACUACAGGAGUUACAUACUGAGUUUUUAUUUUUGUUUGCUUUGAGCAAGGUAGAUGGAUGUUUUGGCCAUUAUAAUGUGAAACCACUUCUUUCUUUACAGUAUUUGACCAAAUUUGUGUGUCUAUGAUAUUUGUAAAUACAUGCGAUAUCUGUAUUUCUUAUCAUAAGCCUGUUUAGUUUUAUUCUCAGUAGGGUUUUUGGACUGUACAGUGUUUAUAUGAUCUGAACUCCUUAUACAUAAGAAGGUGUGUAUAUUAAUCCAAUUAUGGACUUAAAAUAUUUUAAAACUAUAAAUACCCUUAUUUGCUGCAAAGACCAGUGUGUAGACAUUUGCUUUUUAGCAAUAUUUUUAAGUGCUCCAUUUUAAUGCCAAGGAAUAAGUCUUUUGGCAACACAAACUGGUCAAUAAUAGGUAAUGCAGGUAUGUUCAGGUUAAGCCAACAAUGUUUUGCAUUUUUAUGCUUCUUUUCUGUCAACACUAAUGAAGUCAACAUUGCCUGAAUGUCUGAAUAAUGAAACACAUCCCUGUUUAAAAGUAUGUAACUGAAAAAGAAAUAAAAAAUAAAGGUAGUUUUUUUAAACUUGCUCUUUCCCCUUUCCUCUAAUAUGGGUAAAAUAAUGCCACUUACUAAUUGAAGACAGGAAUUUUAAAAAUUCAGUUUAUUUAAUUUACUAAAUGUGAAAAGCAGAGCUAAAGGAACAUUCAUUCGUUUGUGUUUUUUGAUUUUGUUUUGCUUUGUUGGAACCCUAUUGUAAAGAGUACAUACCUGGAAGUAUCUAAGCCUUCUUUAAUGAAAGUUUAAAAAAAUAUUUUAUACUUCUCUGAACUCCUUAAUAGAGCAAUUAAUUAGAACUAAUGCCACUAAUAAACCGAGGGAAACAAACUGAAUCAUUUCAUUCCUUUUCAAAAAUGAAGUCAUAUUAUGAUGUUCACAGAAAUGAAAUAUUAUUAAAUCCAAUUUUAAGUGAACGACUUUAAUAUCAUUCCAGAUAAAGAGCAUAUAUCUGUGACAGUAUCUCACAGUUCAUCAUUGUGCUAGGUGCUUUAAGGUGCUCUGCUUACUGAAAGAUGCCAAAGGUAAGAUAAGUCAAAGCAGCACACACUAAGCCCGUGUGUGUCCAUUAAGCACCACCAUUCAGAAAGAAUAAGAUAUGGAGAUGAAACGUAACAGGUUAAGCAUGGGUUAAAAGGCCCUGUCUAGAAAUAUCUGACCUAAGAUUAGGUUUCAAUCUGAAUGACUGUAUAGUUGCAUUAGCACCCUUUGCUUUUGCAAGUGACAGAAACUUAACAUGGCUUCAGCAAUAGGCAUGCACAUUGUUACAUUUAACUGAAAAGUCCGUGAUAGGAGUAGCUUCAGGCAUGCUUGAUCCUGGUGCAAAGUUCAGGAGUCUGUUUUUCUCUGUAUCUCUCAGUUUUGCUUCCUACUCUGCUGUUUUCAUUGUCAGGGAGAUUCUUCAUGUGUGAUGGUAAAGUGACCACCCAGCAGCUUCAGACUUCUGCCAUAAUCUCAGCCAAAACAAAGGACAGUUUCUCUCAACAGUUCCAACAAAAGCCUAAGACUGACAUUUAUUCCUUCAUUGGUUCACAUGCCCACCCUCGAGCCAACUACUGUGACCCAGGGAAUGUUGUUCUCCCAUCUUCAGAGGACACACUGAACUGAGAAAUAAGGUAGAAGGGGGUGUUCCCCAAAAGGAAAUGAGGAUAUUGUUACCAGAAGGAGAGUGAAUGGAUUCUGCGCAGGCAAUCUAGAUAUCUUCAGUCAUGGUGAGAAAAACAAAAUAGAGUAUAAAGGCAAACUUAAUUGUUUUAAAUUAGAAAACAUUGUUAUUACUGAGACUUUUAUUAAUGUGAAUAUAUUAUUGGAAAUCACUAAUAUAGUGAAUGAAUACAUUUGAAAAAUGUUUUGGACUCAGGUAAAAACAGGUCAUAAGUACCCUAUUUGAUGUGCUUUUGUUUAGUUUUAAAGGUUUUUGUGAUAGAAUUGGAUUAGUAGAGUUAAAAGCUAACCUUUCUGCUAGAAGAGAAAUAAAUUGAAUUAUAAAGCUUUGCUGAUGUUUGGGUUAACUAGUUUCUUCUCUGACCAUCUCUAAUACAGACCCACAUAUUAUUUUCUUAGGAAGUUUACUUCAUAAGAAUACAUGGAUCGUAACCAAAGAAAGAACUACAUAUAGAAGUAUUAUCAGGUAAUACUGCUGGGAUAUGAACAUGGUUUUAGAAAGAACAGUUGUUCACAGCAAUGUUUACCAUACUGUGAUUUUACUCAAAUUGAAGAACACUCCUGCACUGCUCUAGACUAGGGGUUGGCAAACUUUUUUGUAAAGUUUAGGAUUUAUGGGCCAAAAGGCAAAAUUAAGGCUUUUAUAUACUUGUGUAAUGAGAAAGAAAACAAAUUUCCACUACUUUUUUAUUGAUGAAAUUAAAAAUAUAUAUGAACACUUGAGUACAAAUUUUUUGUAAUACAGGUCUAAUGGUAAAAAUUAAGUUAUUUUGAGAGGAUAAUAUUUCACUUAAUUGGGGUUUGAAAUCGAUUGCAAAUGUUCAUAUGUUAUGCUGAUCUGUAAUGUGAUUUUACGUAUUUCAUCUCUGAAAAUGUCUUCAUACAGAAAGAUACUACCAAAUACUGUUAUCAGUCCACAAGUGUGUGGAUGUUAAUUGAGCAUAUUCACCAUUUGGAAGGUGUUUAUAGAAUUCCAUUAGAUUCUGCUCUUGAUAUUUGCCUUUGACAUAUCAUUACAUCGCAGAUUAAUUACUUCCUUUUAAAGUUUAGAUGGAUGCUCCUUAUUUAUACAGUUAAGUGGAUUUUGUAAUAUGGAAAUUUCCUGUGCACUUGGAUUGAGAUCCAAAGAUGUAGCUGGAACUGCAGUUGAGUUUGGAAAACACAUCCACUGCAAAUUUGUGUGGGAAUGGAUAUCUUGCUGCUCGUGUUAACUAGACAGCAUGGGAAGUGUCUAAAGCAGCUUGACAUAACUUGUGAUUUAAACAGCAUUAGUUGUCAUCAAAAUGACUUUGUUGCAGUAUAAAUUUCACAUAUAAGUGCUGUUUUGCCUUGUAAUUUUUAAGUUGAAGUUAUUAAGAAACAUUAUCAAAUCUGCAGCAAAAGCUAAUUUUCAAAUCCAUUCAGUGUUCGUUAAUAAUAGGUGAGGGUGAUACUCAUUCAGAAAAAAUUCACUUUUGGUCCUGAGCUCAAAAAAUUGCAAUAAAACUUUAUUACUUUUAUCAAACUGCUGUGUAGUUGGGCAAGUCAGGAUAUUCAGUUUCUGUUUCUAAUAAAAAUGGAAGUAAUGAUAGUUAAGACUGCCAAGAGUGAAUGAAAUUCACCAUUGACUUUACUAGUUCAUUAACGUGAUAUUCAAAUAGUUCCCACAAAAUACCUGCUGAUGAGUAAUAUAAAGCAUAAACAUUGACUUUAAACAUUUUACAUUUUCACAAGCUUUGUAAAUUUGCCCAGUAAACCCUUUUCUGCUCCACAUGUCUUUACCACCAUUGUUACUUCACAUCUUAGCAGAUUCUCCUUUAAUUAGCACUGAUGUUUUCUUAAGUUCUUUAAAAAUAUUCUUUCUUAUAGUUGUUCCAUGGAGACUAUUCACAGAAGGUACUUCUUGAGGCACUUCAAACUCAGUAUUGACUUCCCUAGUAAUCAAUAGCUGGCAGUAUUGGUAACAUCUGUUGACUCUUCAAAAGCCAAAUCAUUUUGCCUUGUCUUUUAGUUGGCAAUUGAUGUCUUCAAGCAACUGUCCUUGCUAAAAAGCUAGUGGUCUUCAACAUGUUUUUCUCCUCUGGACACACUUUUUAGCUGCUGCAGUCAAACACAAUUAGCUUUAACUCACCAUCAAUAAAGAGCAUUCUUUGCUUGGCUAACAAAUGAGCCACUUGGAAAGUAAGUGGCUUGCACCCUCAUUCUCAUUUUUUUUGUGUGUUUGAAUAAAUUCUAUUGUGAUGAGAUAUUCUGUUUUAAAGUUUUCUAAUUGUUCUUACUGUUGCUUUUCUGUGAGUUGGGGAUAUUGUGAUAAGUGCUUAGUCUGGUAAUGUGAAAUUAAAUUGUAUUCUUUUAACACAGCUGAAGUGUCAUUGCAUAAUAAACAUGAUGCUUUGCCAUAUAGUUGUAUAACAAAAUAAUCCACGUUCAACUGUGCCUUAGAAGCGCAACACUCAAAGUUCACCUUACUUUUUUUUACAUAAUUAAUAUUCAUUAGUAAUAAAAAAUAAUAAAAUGUCUGUAUGACAGUAUGUGUGGCACUUGAAAUGCUGUCAAAUUAUAACUGCAUCACUGAGAUUUGUAGUGUGAUGAACAGCAGUGUAAAGCAGUGAGAGCACCACAUAUGGUCUCUGUCACAACUAUUCAACUCUGCCUUUGUA